UAACCAUCGGCCAUCGCAGAAGAUAAUGAAUAUCUGGCGGAAGCUGACGAGGAUGCUGGGCUUUGUGAGGCGGACACCACGCAGGCGGAAAGCGCGAGUGCUAUUCGUCGGGCUGAAUAACGCCGGCAAGAGCACACUGCUGAACCGUCUGAAACCGGAACGCGAACAACUGUCAAGAAAACUGAUCGCGCCCACCGUCGGUUUUACCACCGAUAUGUUCGUGUUCAACAACGUCAAGUUCACCGCCAGCGACAUGUCUGGCCGGGACGGGUACCGGAGCAUGUGGGAGUCCAUGUACGGCCAGUGCGAUGCCAUCGUGUUCGUGGUAGACAGUACGGACCAGAUGCGAUUUGCUGUGGUCAAGGACGAGCUGGACAUGAUGCUCCGACACCCUGACGUGGCCGAUCGACCGGACCUGCCCAUACUGUUCGUGGCCAACAAGACUGCGGCGCCAGACGCGUGCGGCGCAUCUGCCAUGGCCGGAGCACUCAGACUGCAUGAGCACAUGGAACAGGACCGUCCUUGGCGGUUGGCCAGCACGGACGCAAUAUCGGCGGCCGACCAGCCGGCCGACGACGGGUUGAGCGACGCCAUGGAGUGGCUGGCGGAAUUGGUCAAGUUCACCCGUCGGCGAUGAAAUGUCCGUUCGUCUCCAUACUCGCAAAUAAUUGAAUAACAUUUUAUAAUUUUUUUUUUUUUUGAGAUGUUUUUUUUGUUGUUAUUAUCAUCGUUCCCCCGUACACGAAUUCGAAAAUGAUAUUCGUCCAAUUCAGUGUCUCUUAUUUUUGGUAAUUUCGAGUAGUAAACACUUUUAAGUAAGUAUAGCACAUAAAUGACACGCGUGAAGGCUUUGCCCUUUUAAUUUAAAUAAAAGAACUACGUGCUUUAACCUGUACUGGCUGUACUACAUUAACUAACCCGUGGUGAACUAUUUAACGUAAGACAGUCAUUAUUUUAAAAACGAUAUAACAAUAUUAGGUAUUUAUAUAAUGUUUCCGAAAAUAUGUUUUCAAAUAAUUUAAGUCGUUAUAAAACAACAUGAGAAUAAUUAUAAUUUUAUCACCAUCAUUUUUUUCUUUUUUUUCUUUGAAAUGAUAACAUACAUUUUAUAUUUCAUUUACCGGAGCGGAGUAUUAAACGGAAUACUUUAUCUAUGAAAAUCAAAUUGAAAACAAGUAGCUUAUGUAUUUAUAUGGUACUCAUGUCUAAGUUAUAUGUAUUUAAAGUUCAAAUGAGGGGAGUUGUAGUCCAACAAAAGCUAACAAGUACCUACCCCUGCAGUAGUCUACUCAUGUGUUCAUCAAUUGCGCCGAAUUUGGGACACUAUCCUGUAUAAUAUACAUCUAUUGCUCUAGCAAAAAAGGUAUUCUGAAAAGAUAUGCAUCAAUUGCGCAAUUAAGAAUAAAUGAAAAUAAAAUGCAAAACCCGUCUCAGUCAAUUUAUAAUUUUAUUCUAUAAUUCGUCAAUACUGAAGUUAAUACGUAACAAAAUUAUCGAAUUCAUCGGUUUUAACAUUGUUUAUUUAUUAGAUAUUUCCUUACUUAUUAAUUUCAACGGGUUUUCCGUUAAAUCUUCCAUUGCACUCCGCUGUACUAGAUUAGAUAUAAUAUGUCAUAGAGAACUGUAGUUUUACACUCGUCUAUGUACCUACAGCUUAGAGUUGAAAUUUUUUUCGGCACACCGCCAUUUACUGCCUUUUUUGGUAAGUUCUUUACAUGAGAAUUUAUAAUUUUUGGUAAACAAAUAAUUCUUUACCUAUAUUCCAUACCUAAUAAAUAAGAGCACAAGCCGCAACAACUAGGUAUAUAUGUAUAAAGCGUGGAAUUAAACUGAAUAAUACUAAGGAUUUAUAAUAUUAUAAACGAAUAGUAUUUGUCUAAAUUUUAUUGUAUCUUUAUCAAUUAUUAAAAUUUUAUAAAUUAUAAAAAUAAUAGUUUUCAAACGUACCUUAUACUUUUGAAGACAAUGUGGUAGAUUAUAGAUUAGCACACUUAAUAUAAAACUAGGGAAUCCAACACUAGAACACAGAUCGAUAGGCUCAAAUGAUGAAUACCUGUGUAAAAUAUUGAUUUUCAAAUUUUAUAAACUUAAUUUAUUAUCUAUUUUUAUUUGCACGAUUUGGUAUGAUCAUUUUAAUAUAAGAAAUAUGUACUAAAAUUCAUCACAAUUAUGAAAAUACAUUUGAAAAUUGUAUUAAAGAUUGGUUUAGAACACAGCAACUUAAAAGAGAACAAACUACUGAUAUAUCAAAUAUCUUGAUCUAAUUUAUAACUAUAGAUAAAUGUACUAUAGAUUCCCAUAAUCUUACAGAACAAAACAAAUUACUUUAAAAGUUAAAAAAAAUAUACCAAUUAAGACUUGAAAAUGUAAUACAAGAUUCCUCAGUAGUCAUAAUAGCAGUUGAAAAAUAUUA